AUGUUGAAAGGGUGCACAGAAGUGAGAGAUGAUAGUUUGGUUGCAGCCGCGGCGUUCCCGCUGAUGAGACUACCGGCCGCUAUGCUCCCGACUUUGCUUGACUAUCUACCGCUGGAUGAAGUGGCGUCGUUGAUGCUGGUUUGCAAAGCUUUUCAGGAAAGUGGCAAAGUCACCAUCCGUCGAAAGCUUAGAAGAGCCGGAGCUGAGGAUGUCAUAAAGCAGAACCUUCGAUUGAAACACUGUUUGUCGAUGGUCCUAGAGAACUCCAAGCUGAUUAGCAGUCAAAAUCCAAAAAACUCCGAUGAUAGGGGGGUGCAAGUCAAGGUAUUCAUUCUGGGUUGCCCAAGAUGUAGCAAGCUGGAACGAGCCAUGAAGCGUCUUUUAGAUUGUCCCAACCUGGCCGAACGCUUUGCUCAUCGCGCCAUCUCUGUGGACGGCAGUGUGAUUAACUUGGGUGUUGGAAUAAGGCAGCUGCCUCUGAGGGUACGUGUCCUUGUGAAGCAAUACAGAAAAGAGCUUGAGUUUCAGAAGGAUUCCAUACGAAGUGAUCUCUUUCCACGCCGCACGUACCUUGCUCUGAUGAGAUCCCUGGAGAAAGUAAUCCAAACGAUGAAAGAAUACGAGAAGCACCCGCAGAGGCCCUACACUUGGGUCUUUUACUUGCCAAGGCUUCAAAACCACCCGUUCGAGACAACCAUCUACGACAGCUUUGUGGAGCAGACAAAAGAACCUCUGAGCAAGCGUGGUCUAGUAUUGAAGGGGAUAGGUCGAGGCAAUGAUCAGAAAAUCGCUGUCUGUCCCAAAGUCCCGUCUUUGGCCUUUACCGUGGCAAAGAGCGAGCUAAAUGCUAUGUUUGAGUUUGCCAUGCAGAAGAUUGAAGAUAACGUUGACCGCGUGAAGGCUCUGUGA